AUGGCUGUUGCUCGGAGAGGUGAAGGAGAGAGAGAGAGAGAGCGAGCGAGAGGAGUCGAGAGUCUCGGGAGAGAAACACUCGUGAACGCGUCACUCCUGCGCUUCUUAAAACGUUUAAAUAUUGUUGAUUUUGUAGUUACUUCUUUCUGAUUAUCCUGUAAGGGGAUUAACAGUGUAAUAUUACCUGUUUGGGAAACAGAAAGAAGUUUGUGUGUUUAUUAAAACGCGCCGCCCCGGAGGGAGAGGGAGAGAGAGGCUGAUGGUGAACUUUGGACUUGUCUUUUAUUUAUUUAUUUCCGUUCGGUUCCGCUAACAUGUCCAAGGAAGAAGGAGCAGAGAAAUAGAGAGUCGUUUGCCCGGAGCUGAGGGCUGCUGGGCAGGACACAGGAAAGUGGAGGAAGUUUUCCAGCCAGCACUGGCUUUCUGUCAGCAGUGAUAUUUUACUCUGGGGGACCAAAAUGUCGGCCAAAGCUGCUUCAAAUAAGAGUGCAGCGAUGGAGGAAACGGUUAUAUGGGAGCAGCACACGGUGACUCUUCACAGGGCUCCAGGAUUCGGAUUCGGGAUCGCCAUCUCAGGAGGACGAGACAACCCUCAUUUCCAGAGCGGCGAGACCUCCAUAGUCAUCUCCGAUGUUCUGAAAGGAGGACCAGCGGAGGGGCUUCUACAUGAGAAUGACCGAGUGGCGAUGGUGAAUGCGGUCUCCAUGGAUAACGUGGAACACGCCUACGCCGUUCAGCAGCUGAGGAAGAGCGGCAAAAACGCCAAAAUCACCAUUCGGCGUAAACGCAAAGUUCAGAUCCCGGCGUCUCGAGCGGGCGACAGGGAAACCAUGUCCGAGCGUGAGGAGGAUACAGAGGACGAGGAGUUUGCCGGACCGGGAGGCGGUGCCAGCGCAGGGACGGGCAGACGCAACGAUCGGAGCGCCAGCCUGGGACGGAGGGAACGGAGUGCGUCCCCGCGGUCCGACAGACGCUCUGUGGCCUCCGCCGGCCCGCCACGACCCUCCAAAGUCACGCUGGUCAAGUCACGCAAGAACGAAGAAUACGGCCUGAGACUGGCCAGCCAUAUUUUCGUGAAGGACAUCACACCUGAAAGCUUGGCAGCCCGAGACGGAAACAUACAGGAGGGAGACGUCGUGCUGAAGAUUAACGGCACCGUGACAGAGAACCUGUCCCUGAUAGACGCUAAGAAACUGAUUGAGCGCUCGAAAGGCAAGCUGAAGAUGGUGGUGCAGCGAGACGAGAGAGCCACGCUCCUCAACGUUCCCGACGUAGACGACAGCAUUCCUUCCGGCAACUCUGAACGAGACGGUGAGGAUGCUCUGGAAAAAUAUAUUUCAGAAAUCCAUUCCCUCACCUCUGAUCAUUCCCAUGAACUUCUGCGUGGCAGUCGCUCUCGCUCUCCAGACAAGCGCUCUGAUCCAUCCGACAUCUCCGGCCAGUCGCCUCAACAGAUCAGCAACGGAAGCCACAGGAGUCGGGAUGAGGAGCGGAUCUCAAAGCCACCGGUCAUGUCCAGUCCUGCGAAGCUGGUGGAAGACGCGCUGCUCGUCCCUGGUAACGAGGAGACAGACAAACAGAUUCCUCCACUGCCAGAGCCGAAGCCAGUGUACGCUCAGCCCGGACAGCCGGAUGUAGAUCUGCCCGUCAGUCCUUCUGAUGCCCCCGUACCCAUCGCUGCACAUGAUGACGACAGCAUCCUGCGACCCAGUAUGAAGCUGGUGAAGUUUAGGAAAGGAGAGAGCGUGGGUCUGCGCCUGGCAGGAGGAAACGAUGUGGGGAUCUUCGUGGCUGGAGUUUUGGAGGACAGUCCUGCUGCUAAAGAGGGUCUGGAAGAGGGAGAUCAGAUACUCAGGGUAAACAAUGUUGACUUUGCGAACAUCAUCCGUGAGGAAGCAGUGCUGUUUCUGCUGGACCUGCCCCGAGGAGAUGAGGUCACCAUCCUGGCCCAGAGGAAGAAGGACGUGUAUCGGCGGAUCGUGGAGUCUGACGUGGGCGACUCCUUCUACAUCCGCACCCAUUUCGAGUACGAGAAGGAGUCUCCGUAUGGCCUGAGCUUCAACAAGGGCGAGGUUUUCCGGGUGGUGGACACGCUCUACAACGGCAAGCUGGGCUCCUGGCUCGCCAUCCGCAUCGGCAAGAACCACCAGGAGGUGGAGAGGGGCAUCAUCCCAAACAAGAACAGGGCGGAGCAGUUGUCCAGCGUCCAGUACACUUUACCCAAAACCCCUGGUGGAGACCGCGCUGAUUUCUGGAGGUUCCGCGGACUCCGAAGCUCCAAGAGGAACCUGAGGAAGAGCCGGGAGGAUCUUUCUGCUCAGCCGGUGCAAACCAAGUUCCCUGCGUAUGAAAGGGUCGUCCUGAGGGAAGCCGGGUUCCUGAGGCCCGUGGUGAUCUUCGGGCCCAUCGCCGACAUCGCCCGAGAGAAACUGGCCAGAGAGGUGCCUGAUCUGUUUGAGCUCGCCAAAACACAGCGCCCUGGAGACGGGGAAAGAAGCGAGCCCCGAGACGCAGGAACAGAUCAGCGCAGCUCCGGAAUUAUCCGCCUUCACACCAUUAAGCAGAUCAUCGAUAAGGAUAAACACGCUGUGUUGGACAUCACUCCCAACGCAGUGGACAGGCUGAACUAUGCGCAGUGGUACCCCAUUGUGGUGUUCCUGAACCCUGACAGUAAACAAGGUGUGAAGAACAUGAGGACGAGGCUGUGUCCCGAGUCCAGGAAGAGUGCGAGGAAGCUGUACGAACGCGCCCUCAAACUGAGGAAGAACAACCACCACCUCUUCACUGCCACCAUAAACAUGAACAACAUGAACGAUGGUUGGUACGGGGCGCUGAAGGAGACGAUCGAGCAGCAGCAGAAUCAGCUGGUCUGGGUUUCUGAGGGCAAGGCGGACGGUGCGUCUGAAGACGAUCUGGACCUUCAUGACGACCGCCUGUCGUACCUGUCGGCCCCAGGCAGCGAGUACAGCAUGUACAGCACAGACAGCCGCCACACCUCCGACUACGAGGACACGGACACCGAGGGCGGAACCUACACCGACCACGAGCUGGACGAGCCGCUGAACGACGAGCCGCUGAACGACGACGGCUUGCUGCACCACGCUCCGGCCAUCAGCCGCUCGUCGGAGCCCGUCGUGGAACAGCCUCCACCCAGCUAUGAUGCGCUCACACACAUCGAACCAGCCUCCUUCAAAAACACGCCCAUGCCACACCAGAAAGCAGAGCCCACUCAUCCUGAGCCAGCGCCCCCUGCUGCCCACCUUAAUGUAGCGCUUCUGAGUUCGCUGGAGGGCAGCGCCGGACCGGGGGCGGUCAUCUUGCCCCCGGCUCCUGAGCCCAGCCAAUCAGAGCCCAAGCAGAUGUACCAGACUGAGAUCUACAGCGACAACCUGGCAGCACGCUCGAGCCCUGGGUUAAAGCAGCCGUCGGUUUACAACUCCUCCCAGCAGCCUUUUUACCAGGAAGAGGCGGCGUACAGAGAUUACGAUCACCAGCUGUACCGUUACGAAGGUCCUUACGCCGAAGCGAAGUCUCGUAACUACGACUCGAACUUGCACGAGCAGUGGCCUGGAUACGAGCGACAAAGCGACUACAGCCUGGCACGACCACGCUACGGGAAGCCAGCCCCCUCGCCUGUCCGUCACGAUGAAGCCCCACCCAGUAUUGCACCCACACGUUAUGACCAGGAACCCCUCUCUCCGCCAGCGUCUCGCUCUCCGGAGCCGCCGAAACAGUAUUACGAGGCAGCGCCUUCCCUGAGGCCCACCCAGCCUAGAGGAUACGCGAACUCAGACACCCCGCCCCCUCCCAAAGUCGAGACGCUCCCAGCAGAGGUGGAAACAGUAAACAUGCCCCUCCCACCUCCACCACCAGAGGCAGGGGAAGACCCGGCGAUGAAGCCGCAGUCGGUGCUGACUCGGGUCAAGAUGUUCGAGAACAAGCGCUCGGUGUCAGUAGACCGUGCCAAAGAGAACGCCGACACCACGCUAAGGUCGGUGGAUAUGGUCCCGAAACCAGGAGCAGCCUCUGUGCCCAAAGCCAACUCUCUGAACAGCCUCGAUCAAGAGAAAACUUUCAGAGCCCCCGAGCCCCAGCAGCCUCAGUCGAGACCCAGCGACAUCAUUCGGGCGAAUCACUACGACCCCGACGAGGAUGAUGAGUACUACAGGAAGCAGUUGUCCUAUUUCGAUCGCCGCAACUUUGACACCAAACCUCCUGCACAAACUCAACCACAAACUGUGAGCAAACCAACACAACCACAGAGCCAGCCGGCGAACAGCUAUCCCAGGACUGAGUCAGUGGAGAAAGUCAGUCCUGUUCCCCAGGUAACCCCAGUGGCUCCGCCCCCUACUCUACCCAAACCUACUGCUCCCACUCCUCCUCCAGAAUCCCUCAGCUCUCCCAAAGUCAAGCCCCUGGGUCGUGAGGACACGGUGCAAAGCUCCUACCUCCCCCAGAAGAGUUUCCCCGAGAAAUCCCCUGUGAACGGCACGGGCGCUCCUCCACCCUCCUCCAGCUACACCCGCUACAACAUCCCCAAACCUUACACAGCCUCGGCACGACCCUUUGAGCGCAAAUUCGACAGCCCUAAGUUCAACCACAACCUCCUGCCUAACGACACGACGGUCAAAGCGCCAUCAAGCAGCCUGGCGAAAACGCAAGUGCAGCCUACGGAUCAGGACGGUGGAAUUGACACAGGAUUGACCAGAGUGCCAAAAUACCAGAACAACAACAUCAACGCCGUACCCAAGGCCAUCCCUGUCAGCCCCAGUGCUCUGGAGGAUGAUGACGAUGAAGAUAUGCACACGGUCGUCGCCACGGCACGAGGUAUCUUCAACUCAAACGGCGGCGUUUUGAGCUCCAUAGAGACGGGUGUGAGCAUCAUUAUACCCCAGGGGGCAAUUCCUGAGGGUGUUGAACAGGAGAUCUAUUUCAAAGUGUGUCGGGACAACAGCAUCCUGCCACCACUCGACAAGGAGAAAGGUGAAACCCUGCUGAGCCCCCUGGUGAUGUGUGGUCCACAUGGUCUGAAGUUCCUGAAGCCGGUGGAGCUGCGUCUUCCUCACUGUGCGUCUAUGACUCCUGAUGGUUGGUCUUUUGCUCUAAAAUCCUCCGACUCCUCGUCGGGUGAUCCCAAGAACUGGCAGAAUAAAUCUCUUCCCGGGGAUCCAAACUACUUGGUUGGAGCGAACUGCGUGUCUGUGCUCAUCGAUCACUUCUGAGGAGCCUGUUACUUUUUUAUACACACACGCACGCACGCACACACAUACACGCACUGCCAUUAGAGAAGUGAGCGCUUUAACAUUUUGGAAGAAAAUGAAGGAUGUCUGUGCUUUUUUAAAAAUUAUUUUUAGAUAUGGAGACAGGAGACAAGACGACAUAAUCUGGAGUACUGUUUCUCUUUAUUUUCUCCUCCUCCUCCUCCUCCUUUCUCGUUUCUCUCCUCGUUGGACUGCAUACAACACACACCUUUCCCAGGAUUGACCACAACUGCUGAUAUGAACUCUCCAGUCUGCGCACUACUGUAUGUAGAGUGACUGCAAUAUAUAAAGAGCAAGCUUUAUUCCAUUUCAGUGAAGACACACACACACACACACACACACACACACACACACACACACACACACACACACACACACAGAGAGAGUAGGUGUAGAGGGAUGAGAGGAAGUGUAGAAAUAGAAAGAGUGUCUAACAGAGGUGAAGGACUGUGACACAGGCGUGAUAAAUAAGGAAAGAAAUCGUAGGUGAAACGGAGUACAGGACGUUAGCGUGACCCGGUGGUGCUGCUGUUCCUCAUAAACCUCCUCACACACAAUAACCGUAACGUUACACCUUUACCGGUCACAACGUGUAGCACAAACUUCCCUACGCUGUGAAGAGCUAUGCAUGUCAGACUCAGGACUCCUGCUUUCUUUCUUUCUCGCUUUCUCUCUCUCACUCACUCCUACUCAAACACCGAUGCCUU